UCGUUCUCAUGAAGAUGGGGCUUAUUUUUUUGCUCGAGUUUUUCGGGAUUUGGUUCUGGAUGAGAAUUUCGUUGCUUUUCGCUGGAAUUUUCUGGCUUUUUUUUUUCAAGCCUUGAAAGAUUGGAGUUGGGAGAGAGACGCGAAAAAAUUAGAGGAAUUAGAGAAAAAAAUUGUUACUACAUUUCAAUUGGGAAAGGCAUUGGAGAAUACCAAGAAAUUUGUUAAAGUUUCUAAUGCUGUUCGUGUUUUUUUAAAUUGUUUUUCUGCCGCUGUGAUUAUUACUUUGGCUGCUGUUACCAGCAGUGAAGAGGCUAAGAAAACCUUUUGUGUUGCUGUUUAUGCUGUGGAGAGUUUUGUCAUUGCUUUGAAUGUCUCAUUUCUAAAUACAGGGAUUGUGUUUUUUUUGAAUAUUUUUUUUGCCACUGUAAAUGCCGCUUUUACGAAUUUGUCUGCUUUUGAUGUUUAUAAGGAGGAUUUUAAAGGGUUUCUUGUGUUUGCUUUAUAUGUUUUGAAUGUUUUGAUGGUUGUUGUAAAAUUUGUUUUUUAUACUUUUAUUAUUGCUGUGAAAUUAGUUGCUAUUUUGGCGAAGGAUCAUAAGGAAUUUUUCGCUGUUUUUGCUGCAAAUGUUGCUGCUUUGGCUGCUUAUUGGUCUUAUCAAAAAAUAACAUAA